AGGUAGAUUUGGUUUCACUCUUCGCGCAACUCUCCAUUCAUAGACUCUGUUUUUGUCCUUUUGCUUUCGAUGCUUCUUCGCAAUAAGAUGAAAGCGUGCGGAGUGUACGAGCACGUUUGUUUUUCUUGCUAAAAGUUUAUCAUCUAUUAAAUUUUUAUGCUUUAAAAGUUACCUUUGUGGUUCCAAUCAUGGUGAAGACAGAAGCCCCUACAUCAGAAUCUGAUUCCGGCAGUGAAGUGCCGCUAACUCCUCUUGCUGCUUCCACCCAAAAGACCCCGCCAAAACGCGUCAAACCCGAUUCAAGCGACGAUGACGAUGCCCUACCAGAGUCGGAAAAACUUGCAUCGGAGUCGCAAGCCAGUAACACCUCUAAAGCCGUGAAAAACACCAAGGAGAAGUACCUAAACAAGUUUCCUAACGUAAGACCCAGCAAAGCCAAGUACUCCGUGGACAUCGACCUUAGCGAUUCCAGCGAUGAAGUGUGGAUCGUCAAGUGUCCCGCUUCCAUAGAUGCCAAGAAAGUGCUCCUGGGGGCAAAAUUUCAGGGAUUUGCAUUGGGUUCGGUUAGCAAAAUAAGUUCGCCACACGAAGGCUUGCAACUGGAGGGAGUCAUUGCCAAAAAUUCCAACCAGAAACCGGUCACCAUUAUGGCGGGAACGGAUUUCAAGUCGUUUGUCCCAGUUGGGACGGUCCAAAUUCGAGAAUCGCUCGAUAUGGAUACGUUGCCCCUCAGGCCAACGAAAAGCGAAUUCAACAAAUCGGUGAUUGACGUCGACGAAGAAAUCCCAUUCCCAGAGGAGAUCCGCGACAGGCACCCUCUGCUGGGAGUUGACUACAAAUUGGCACAGCGACUGCCCAAGCACGUCAAGAAGGCCCUUUCCUUGGCCCAACAGCGUUCCGAGGCAAUUUACCUGCAGAAGAAGGUAUCCCCGAUGGAAGCAAUUGUGACAAAGCAGGAGACGAGCCCCGCCAAAGGGAAGAAAUCGAGGAAACGGAAGCGCGAGGACCAUCUGGAUUACGUCGAAACCACGAUGGAAGAUGAGGAAAUUAAACUGAUGAUCAAGGAGGAGGCGAAGUCACCCUCGCCACGAAAGAAGCUUAAGAAAGAGAACCCCGCGGCAGAGGACGAUUUGUCCUGGCUGGCCGAGAUGUAGGUUGCAAUAGAGCCAAAAGUUCUAGCUCUUCUAGAAGCUGAAAGGCUAGAAUUUCUUACACCACUUUAAGAGUACCUAAUAAAAAAAGAUCCCUUGGAAGAUGCAA